GGGAUUAAUAAAUAGGUUAUGGAAUUUAGAGAGUUAUGGGAAUUAGGAGAUAGUAAGAAGUGUAAGGGGCAAGGAUUACAAAAGAUAGGGAAACCCAGCAAAUCAUCUGACCAAAUUUGCCUUGAUUUUGUUGAUCACCUAGAUGUCAGAGAAGCUAUAAAAUUACCAAUACUCUUUAAUGAAACGGAUUUAAAGCUUUCUCCAAUUCUUUUAUGUCCUCAGAAUAGUGAAAUUCAUAUUCAGAAUGUGGCUAAGAAUUUCACAUCAGAAAAUUCACAAAAUCUAUCACAAAAUGUGGAAGAGGGCCUGACUACCAACAACUUCUGAAAUAAAAGACGCUCAGAAGCAAUGAUACAUUUUAAAAGUAUUGAUUCGUCUACAAGCAAGCUCGAUAGUCCACUAAAUUUCUGAUAUGAGGGAUUAAAUAAAUUAGGAUCACCAAUUGGUAUUAAGAAAAGCAAUCCAGAUGAAGAUUUUUGAGACUUUUCAGAUUCAUCUGAAGAUCGGGAAAUUCCCAGCAAUAUGAAUUUCUUAGACUAUCGGUCAAGACCCUCAGACUCACAAAAGAUUCAACGGUACAAGCAUUCAGUCAAAUAUGUUGCUACUAAAGGACCAGCAAGAUCACAGAGAUGGAUCCACUGUAAGCAUGCAACUUGCUCCAAGAAGUUCAGGAAGUCUUGGAAUUUCAUCCAGCAUGCUAAAAUUCACUUAGGAAUCAAGCCUUAUCAGUGCUCAAGAUGCUCCAAGAGAUUCACUCAAAAAGCCAACUUGUCUAAGCAUCUUCGCAGGGAAAUUUGCUAACCUUAAAUAAUUG